AUGGCUCAGCCGGACCACACACGCCGAGUGUUCCGCUAUGUCGGACGCCACGCAGCGUUUGCGCAAUUCAGCAUCGCUGUGCUCGGCAUUGCGCUGGCCGCUGCCGCGCUACACUUCCGGAAGAUAUGGGCGCUGUUCUCGAAGCCUGCCGAGGAGGCCGCCGAAAGCGUCGCAGAGGGUGAAGUCAAGGUGAUUCGCGUGGACUAUGCGGCAAUAGCUGCCAGGCUUAGGGCGAUGGACACGUCGGAGUGCUUUUUGCUCGUGCUGUUCGUCGUUGUGUGCCUAGUGGCGGCUGCCAUGCUGCUCAGCCUCUGGUACAUCCCAGUGCGUCUCUUUUUGUUCUACGAGUCGUGCCCAUUUGUCGAGGGAUCUGACGAAUACCGGGAGUACGUGCUCAGGAAGGGAACUCACGUGUACAUCAUUGGCAUCAAGCCUUCGGCCGACUCCACCGAGGAACGUAGGGCCAUUCCGAGCGUGAUAACGCAGCUGCUGCGCUCGAAGCUGUACAGCUAUUACACUCACGGCCACCGGAAAUAUGUGCUCAACGAGCGUAGCUGCGAAUUCGAGGCUGUGGAGCACAUCGACUCUGUCGACGUCAAGGUCCUCGAGGCGUGGCGGGGGCUGUCUGCGAAGGACAAGGUCAGCACCAGGGUUUCGGGCAUUGAAAGGUCGCUGGUUGUGUGUGAGGACACGUUCGGCGACAACGACUACCAGAUUCCGCCGUGCGACUUUUGGAAGAUGCUGUUCGACGCCUUUCUCAGCCCGUUCUUCCUGUUCCAGCUGCUGGCGUCGAUACUGUGGAUUUUCGACAGCUACUGGUACUACUCGUGCAUGACGAUAUUCUCCAUCAUCACCAUCGAGGUGCAGAUGGUCAAGAAGAACAUCCGAGAGUACGACCGCAUCAACUCCAUGCGCAUUCCCCCUGCCGACGUCCUGGUGUAUCGUGAUGGCAAGUGGACGACUAUAUCGAGUGCACAACUAUAUCCUGGUGAUAUUUUCCUGCUGACGCACGACGCAGCAGCUGAGUCAACGGUCGUUCGUGCCGAUUGCCUCAUUUUAUCAGGAGAGGUUGUGGUCGACGAGUCUAUCCUCACUGGAGAAUCUGUGCCCCAGUUCAAGUCAGCUCUCGAUCUGCGACUUGUGCGGUCCCAGAAGGGCGCCUUGACGGAAGCGGAUAGUGAGAUGAGGCAGAGCACCGUUUUCGCCGGAACGUCCAUCAUGCUGUGCCGUGCUGACGGCCAAUCGUUCGGUGCUGUCAAGCCUCCUAAACAAGGGUGCGUCUGCGUGGUACUGCGCACGGGGUUCGAAUCGUACCAGGGUCGUUUGGUCAACGCCAUCAUCCGGUCAGGCGACCGUGUUACUGCUUCGAACACUGAAGGCUGGUGCUUCUUGGCAAUCCUGCUGACGUUUGCGCUGGUGUCAUGCACCUUCGUCGUCAGGAGACUGCCAACGGCCACCCUCAAGAAGUUGAUCCUGACUACUCUGCACAUCAUAACUGCAGUCAUACCUCCCGAGUUCUCAGUCAUCUUGUCGUUGGCGGUCUCGCUCGCCAUCCUGCAACUCCACGGCAAGGGCAUGUACUGCACAGAGCCGUUCAGGGUGCCGUACGCAGGUGAUCUGGGUGUAUGCGCAUUUGACAAGACUGGCACUCUUACCGAGGACCAGAUGAAGGUGGUGGGUGUCGUAGUGGGCAACGACGUGUCCUCUCUGCAGACGCAGCCGGGCCAACAGGCCCAGUCAGCACCACUACCCAUCGCCUCCGCUUUGGUGGUGGGAGGCUGCCACUCACUGUCACGCGUCUCCGGGAACAUAGUUGGCGACCCCAUGGAAAAGGCUGCUUUCGAGCAUUUCGGAUGGACUUUGAGUGCGGACAACAAAUCAGUAGAGGGCCUGAACCCUUGGUUUUACGAAUCUGGGAAGAAGUUGGCGCCAGCCAAGGUCACCGUGCUUAGGAGAUGGCAAUUCGUUUCUGAGCUCGGCAGGAUGUCGACAAUCGCGGUAAUCGGCGGCCGCACAACAUACUGGCAGAAACCUUUAGAGGGAGCUCAAGCAGGGUCGUCUGGCGGCAACAGCCACCAAUCGGCGUCUACAGAGCUUAAGCAUGGAGAGGGAUACCUCAGACUGGAUAACAGUUACGAUGGUGAUGUAAUGCUGUUGUGCAAAGGUGCUCCCGAACGCGUUCGCCCACUUUUACGUGAAGUUCCGGAGUAUUAUGACGAGCUCUACCAACAACUGGCGAUCGGUGGUAUGCGUGUACUCACGCUAGCAUGCAGGAAGCUGCCCAUCACGCCAACCGAGGUCCCGUCGGUAGUCCGGGAGGAAGUCGAAUCAUCUCUGGAGUUCGUAGGGUUCCUGGCUCUGGAGUCGCCCAUCAGGUCAUCGUCUGUGAUAUGCAUGAGACAACUAGAUGGCCACAAACUUAUCAUGAUCACUGGAGACAACGUGCUCACUGCGUGCCACGUCGCCGACGCCGUCGAGAUGGGUGACAGGAGCAAUGUCGACCUAAGCACCUCUGCCCGCAAGAGCUGGGGCGACUUCGCCAUCCUGGUACCGGAGGAAGGCGGUUUCUGCUGGAGGCUGCGUAACGGAAACCCUGUACCGCGUGUUGCAAAAUCUGGAGAUUUCGUGGAUCACAUGAACGAAAUCAAGCAAUCCAUGCGGCUGUGCGUCACUGGUCCGGCCAUAGACGCUCUUGUCGACUACGAGCGCCGUAGCGGGCGCAAGGUGCUGGCCGAGAUCGUGCUCAACACCACCGUGUUCGCGAGGGUAUCUCCGCAGCAGAAGAAGUUUGUGGUGCGCACUUUCAAGCGUGCCGGCAUGAAAACUGCCAUGUGCGGCGACGGUACCAACGACAUGGCGGCCCUCAAAGUCGCUCACGUGGGCAUCUCGCUGCUGAAAAGCGCGUUCAAGAAGCCGCAUAAGGAGCUCACAAACAAGCUGGGCGACAUGAUUCGCAAGCAACCGCAUCAACUGCAACGCGAGGCUCUGGAGAAGCUGCAGCGCGACCUCCAGGACGGCAUGCCAGAAUUGAAGCUCGGGGAGGCUAGCAUAGCGUCGCCAUUCACGUACCGCAAGAACGACGUCCUCUGCGUGCCACUUCUGGUCCGCAGCGGCAGGUGCGCUCUAACAACAGUCGUGCUGCUCCACAAGGUCAUGGGCGUAAACUCGCUCAUCACAUCGCUGGGGAUGUCGGUGCUAUCCAUGGACGGUGUGGGGCUCAGCGAGGCUCAGGCCACGGUCUCCUCACUGAUGUACACCUUCAUGCUGAUGGCGCUCUCAAAGUCGAAGCCCGCGCAGGAACACAGCUCCAAGCGCCCUGAGAAGUCCAUCUUCCGACCAGCCAGCUUCACAAGCUUCGUGUUGCAGUGCUGCCUCCACGUGUCGGUCAUUUUGCAUCUGUGGGGUAUUGGCAAGUCCUUGAGGGCACCCGACUACGUGCCCAAUCUAGACGCCCCAUUCGCGCCUAACAUCGUCAACACGGUGAUCUACUACGGCUGCCUUGUGAUCAGCAUCGCAGGGUUCCUGUCCAACUACCGGGGGUACCCAUAUAUGCAGCCGUUGUGGGAGAACAAGUUCUUGUCGAGACCGCUGGCCGCCGCAGCGCUGUUCGUGCUCGUACUCGCCAGUGACCUGUUCAGGCCGCUCAACGAUUACCUCUCGCUGGUCGAGAUUCCCAACCACACGGUGCGCUUGCACGUGAUUGCGGUACUUGCAAUCGACAUCCUGGGUGCUGUGGCAAUAGAGCGGUUGUGCCGCCGUUUACUUAGUCGCUCAUAG